AAACAGGCGCUCGAAUUCAAGUCAAAACAAUGGUUUGGGGCAAUGGUCAGGUCUCAUAAGGAAAAAGUUGUGGCCUGCGCACCUUUAUACCACUGGAGAAGUGUAAAAGAAAUCAGUGAACGGGACCCGGUGGGGACCUGCUACAUUGCCAUUCAGAAUUUCAGCUCAUACGCAGAAUAUUCACCUUGUCGCAACCGUAAUGCUGACCCUGCGGGACAAGGUUACUGCCAAGCAGGAUUCAGUCUGGAUUUUUACAAGAAUGGGGACCUCGCUCUUGGAGGACCUGGCAGCUUCUACUGGCAAGGACAAGUCUUCAGUGUCAGCAUUGCAGAAAUCAUUAAGGGUUAUUCCUUCAAGGACAUUAUACGGGACGUGGCCAGAGAAAGAAAGACCAAAGUCGCUGACUCCACCUACGAUGACAGC